CAUGCUGGUAAUAUAAUGUACAUACUGUUUUAUGCAGAAAUAAUCUUUUCUUUUCUAGGUAUCUGGCCAUCUGAAGAAGUAUUGGCCUACUACUGCCUUAAGCACAAAGAAAUGUUCAGGGACCUUGCUGUGUGUGAGCUAGGGGGUGGCAUGACAUGCUUGGCUGGGCUCAUGGUGGCAAUUUCUGCAGACGUCAAAGAAGUUCUGUUAACUGAUGGAAAUGAAAAAGCCAUAAAAAAUGUAACUGACAUCAUCAGAAGAAACCAGAAAGCAUUUAAAGCUAAAACAGUAUCCAGCAGUAUUUUGAGAUGGGAUAAUGAGACAGAUGUCUCUCAACUGGAAGGACAUUUUGACAUUGUUAUGUGCGCUGAUUGCCUGUUUCUGGACCAAUACAGAGUCUGCCUUGUUGAUGCAAUAAAGAGAUUACUCCAGCCCAGUGGAAAAGCAAUGGUUUUUGCUCCACCAAGAGGGAACACUUUAAACCAGUUCUGCAAUCUAGCAGAGUCUUCUGGUUUUUUUAUCCAAAGACAUGAAAAUUAUGAUGAACACAUUUCCAACUUCCACUCCAAGUUUAAAGAAGAAGAAAGUGCAAUUUACGAUGAAAACAUUCACUAUCCAAUUCUUCUUAUCCUUUCUAAGAUUAGAUAGAAAAGCUUUUCUAUGAAAUCCCAAUUAUACACACUCCAAAUAUCUGAUUUACACUCCUGUUCAUACAAUGCUGGAUUUAUUUUUCUUAAAAUGUUGUACACUUGUAUCUUCUGAGAAAAUGUGUUUAUUUAUAUAUGCAGUUUGUAUCAGAAAACAUAGAGUCCAAACUAUACCAAACCUAUAUUUGAAAAUGGUAAUUGAUUACAAUUGUUGUCUGCUGUAUUGUAAUAAAAUAUAUCAUGCAUAAA